UUCAUGAGCUAAUGCUAUGCUAAAAUGAUCCGAUAUCGGAAAGGAGCGAACAUUUAGCGGAGAAAACAGAGAGAGAGAGAACUAUCUUGUCUCGCAGUAGGCUCUUUGACCUCUUUGAGUGACCGGCCUAAAGGACUGGUUGUCUUGGCAACUUCUAUACAGUAGCAGGCAGCUGCUACAGAGCUAGCCUAAUUAAUUAAAAGUUUUUUGUUUGUCUUUUAAAACUCUUUGUCGAGAUAUUUCACCAGACCAAAUAGCCGUUGGUCAGGUUUUAGUCAACCGGACUCUUGUUGCAAUGCCCGUGCCUAACAGUAACGCUGCAGUAUCCAUGAGGAAGGGCUCAAAUGUUCAGAAGGUACCGAAGCCAACAAAAGCUUCAAGUAAGAAAAAGGAUGAAGAGGAAGGCGUGGAUACGGGUGAUGGAUGGGACGAAUGGUCUCAUGGGAAAGCGCUUACUAAACCUGCAGAUCAACUGGAGCUCACAGAGGCUGAGCUAAAAGAGGAAAUCACAAGGAUCCUCACUGCAAACAACCCACAUGCACCCCAAAAUAUUGUCCGCUACAGUUUCAAGGAACGUUCUUACAAGCCCACCAGUGUUGUGGAUCAGAUGGCUGUUCACUUUGUGUUGGAGGGCAGUCUCCUGCAUCAAGACUCUGAUGAGGCUCGAAGACUGAGGGCCAAGGAGGGUCUCCCUGAAGAGACGGCAACAAUUGACACUGGAGCAGAACCUGAUGAAGAGAAACCAGAGACUCCGGCUACACCUGUAGAGGAUGGAGGGGAAGUGGAGGAAGCUGGAGAAGAGGACAGACCAGACAGUGUUGCCUCCAAAACUGACAAGAAGGAGCCAAAACUUACUAACCAGUUCAACUUCAGUGAGAGAGCCUCCCAGACUCUCAAUAACCCACUGAGGGAAAGAAGCUGCCAGACUGAACCUCCUCCUCGCAGCAUCUUCUCUGCCACUGCUAAUCAGUGGGAGAUCUAUGAUGUGUACGUGGAGGAGUUGCAGAAACAAGAAAAAAAUAAAGAGAAACAGAAAGCCAUACCAUCAAAGAAAGAUAAUGAAAAAAGCAAGAAGAAGAUGAUGCUAAUGGAGACUCAGGGUGAUGACUUCACCAAAGUGGGAAAAGCAUCCAAGAUCUUUGAACGAAUGGUCAAUCAGAAUACAUUUGAUGACAUAGCACAAGAUUUCAAAUACUUUGAGGAUGCCUCUGAUGAGUUCAGGGACCAGGAGGGCACCCUUCUCCCUUUGUGGAAGUUCCAAUAUGACAAAGCCAAAAGACUGUCUGUCACUGCCCUCUGCUGGAAUAACAAAUAUCAGGACCUGUUUGCUGUGGGAAUGGGUUCAUAUGACUUCAGUAAACAGGGGCGUGGCAUGCUUGUCUUCUACUCACUGAAGAACUCUGCCUUUCCAGAGUACAUCUACCCCACCAAUUCUGGCGUCCUGUGCCUCCACAUCCAUGAGCAGCAUUCCCACCUGAUUGCAGUGGGCUUCUACGAUGGAUGUGUUGCUGUCUACAACUUGAAAGAGGAAGGACUGGAGCCUGUGUACAAGAGUACAGCUAAGACUGGCAAGCACACUGACCCUGUCUGGCAGGUACGCUGGCAGAACGAUGACAUGGACAACAACCACAAUUUCUAUUCUGUGUCAUCUGAUGGCCGAGUUGUGUCUUGGACACUUGUUAAGAAUGAGCUGGUCUUUACAGACAUUAUCAGACUGUCAGUGAAUGGUGCUGUAUCUGAGGGGCCAGAAGGUGCACAGCAGCCCAUCAUUGCUUGUGGUACAGCGUUUGACUUCCACAAACAGAUCGACUAUCUCUUCCUAGUUGGCACUGAGGAGGGGAAAAUACACAAGUGCUCCAAGACUUACUCAAGCCAGUUCCUGGAGACCUAUAAUGCCCACAGCAUGGCAGUGGAUGCUGUAAAGUGGAACCCCUUCCACCCAAAGGUUUUCAUCUCUUGCAGUUCAGACUGGACUGUCAAGAUCUGGGACCAUACCAUCAACACUCCAAUGUUCACCUUUGACCUGAACGCAGCUGUUGGAGAUGUUUCCUGGUCUCCAUACUCCUCCACUGUAUUUGCUGCUGUCACAACAGAUGGAACAGUUCAUGUUUUUGACCUCAACAUAAACAAAUAUGAGGCCAUCUGCCAGCAGUCAGUGGUGGCCAAAAAGAAGACCAAGUUGACUCACAUCGAGUUUAAUCCCAUCUAUCCCAUCAUCAUAGUGGGCGAUGACCGGGGCUAUGUCACCAGCCUCAAACUCUCCCCUAACCUUCGCAAGAAACCAAAGGCUAAGAAGGGUCAGGAGCUGCCUAAAGGUCCAGAAGUGGAAAUAGCCAAGAUGGAGAAGCUCCUCAGUCUGUUGAGGGAACCAGAGCAAAAUGCAGUUUAACAUGGACACCGUGGCUUCCCUCCCCAGCGCAGAAACAUGGUACAAUCUUUUACUCUUGCUCAUACAAGUCCCAUUUCUUUUGCUCAGUGUCUGAAACAGUAAACAACAUUGACAUAACAAGCAAACUAUUUGUAUAUGUUUAUUAAAAAUGAUUUCUUCUUAUCUGUCUUAAA